CGAUACGGUUCUAAUCACACGUGCAUUCAACAAAGGAGAGAAGGUGGUUUAUUGUUCGGAAAGUGUAACGAACGGGGAUAGGGUUAGGGGAUUUAGGCAGGAUUCAUGAUAUUUUAAAGGAUCCGGAUGAUGGCUGGAUUUAAGCUAGGAAUAAUUCGUCUCGGCAGGGCUGCAGGCAAGACAAAGUAUGCCUUGCUGGAUGAAAGGGACAUAAGCCUCGUGGAAAGUCACGCCUUUGAGGCCCGUACAGAAGUGGACCAUGAUGGUACAGGAGCCCGAGUGUAUGCCUAUACAUAUGACAUCCAGUCAGGGCUCACCACUGGACAGUUAUUGCACUCUAUCAUAUGGGAGAAACACAAUGGGGGAAUAGCACCAGGAUUUAAAGUGAUUCAUAAAAAUAAUAUAACAGUGGAUAAUAGAUUAGAAAACCUAAUGUUAGUGCCUGAAAACUAUAAAACCAGUGCCAUCCCGGAUCUCGAAACGUCAAGCAAGUACGGGAAGGACCAGAGUCUGUAUUGGUUGGCGGUUCAGCAACUGCAUGGUGAUCCUGUCUAUCAGCACUUCCAUGAGCCGGUGUGCAGUCGACUGCUGGAUCGGGAUGGGGAUACAAUACAAGAGGACGUGACGGUGGUGGAGUCGAGCUGUGUUCUAUUCUACGAGUGCCAUUAUCCACCCUGUACCAACAUGGAGAAACACCUGAGAGAGUUCAGUAUAUGUGGACGGUGCCAGGCUGUCAGGUAUUGUGGUCUAACAUGCCAGCAACGUGACUGGCCGGUUCAUAAGCAGUAUUGCCGGGAAAGAAGGCGACCAGACAUCACGGAAAUCCCAGACAGAUAGGGGACACAAUUCUAUCUGCCUCAGCCAUCCCAGUCAUCACUUACAUUGUUAUCUUCCUUUGUUUGAAUUUUGUCAUCGCUGGUUAAAGAGAGACAACUCCACCUCAGCCACCGUGAUUGUCAUUUAAAUUAUUCUCUUCCUUUUUCUACAAAUUGUAAUUUAUAAUUAUCCAGAGACAGCUCCCCCUCGGCCAUUGUGAUUGUUAUUUACAUUGUUGUCUCCUUUGUUUGCAUUUGUCCAUUUAUAUUUUUAGGGGAGAUUCAGAGAUUCAGCCAUCCCAGUCAUUACUUACAUUGUUCUCAAGCUUUGUUUUCACUUUCAAAAUAAUAAUUCAAGCUAGAAAGCCCCACCUUUGCCAUCAUUUUCAACAAUAACAUUAUUGCCCCCCUUUGUUUGCAUUUUGCCAUCUAUAGUUCUGGGGAAACAAAUUCACCUCGGCCAUCUUGUUCAUUCAUUUAAACUGUUCUCUAUCUCUUGACAGUGUAUUCUCAUUUAUUAUUAUUCAUUCCAGAGAGUCUCAGAUAUUGGUUUGUUACUGUUUAAAUGUAAAGAUGAGUUUUCACAGUCAUUAAUUCUGGAUUGAAUUGUAACCAAGAUUAUUUCAUGGCAUGGAAUAAGUCAAUAUCUUGAAGAUAUUCAAUUGUCAAUAUAUUUGGUUGGAUAUUUGCCUCCAGCAAUACAUUGUUUUGCUUCACUUUUCUGUUUUUAUGCUCCCCCAAAUUUUUUUGGGGGGAGCAUAUAGUCGCCGCUUCGUCUGUCGGUGCGUGUGUCCGUCCGUCCGUGCACAAUUUUUGUCCGGGCUAUUUCUCAGCAAUAAAUGACCGAAAUUCAAUGAAACUUUAUGGGAAGCUUCACUACCAAGAGGAGAUGUGCAUAUUAUCAGCCGGUCCUGGUCGGAUGAUUUUUUGCAGAGUUAUGGCCCUUUGAAAUUUUCCAUUAACUGUACAUAUAGAGUCCCCCCAACUACUAGACGUUUCCUUUUAUCUGAAUAUAUAGUGCAAUAUUGUGACAAAAAAACACUUUGGGGAGCAUCACCCAUCUCUGACGGUUUCUUCUUUUUAAGGGUUAUUCCCCAAGGACCUGCAGAGUAACCUGAUUGUGCAACCAUGUGGUAUUAUUUCCCUCUGAAAUAUAAACUGUUAAUUGAUAAUUUAAUACACUAUUGACAAUGUUUUAUUGCCUGGGCUUGAGUUCUGUGCCCUUGUUUGUUACUGACAAAGUAGUGGGGUGCAAUAAGUAAUUGUUGUAACAAAGAUAUAGUUAUUUUUGCAAAACAAAAUUUACAAGAGCAAACCUGCUUUAUUUUGACUGUAUGACACGCCAGGGUGUGUAAUUGUUUUGAAUGAUUUCUAUUAUAUAAUUGUUAAUAUAAACUAUACCAUGAAUAUAUUUUCCGGUGUUUGGAUUUUUGGACCAAAUCUGUCUCAACAUUCCAUAUACAUGUAUAUGAGUUAUGUUCAUUCCAUUUAUUUGUUAAUUGUAUUCUUUUAAAUCUCUUUAAGAAGCACUAUUUAUAUGGUUAAAAAAAACUUUGCAAGUGGUGAAAUAUAUAUUGGCCAGACAUCAUCAUUUUAACCCUAAUUGGUAGAAAUUGUUUAUUACCUGUAAGUGUAUUUUGUAAACUGAAUGAUUGUAAUCAUUGGGUUGUAUUUUAUUAUGGCUUUAGAAAAGGCAUUAAGUUUUUGUAAAUCUGGUGCAUAGAUAAUUGCAAAGAAAACAUUUUUAAAACUGAAUUGUAUGAUUGUUUGUAUGAUUUUAUAUUACAAUUUUUAACUUACACCUUCUAUUUAAAUGUAAUAUUUUUAUUUUAAGGCGGUAAAUAUAUACUUUGUUAAUAGUGGUCGAUAAUAUAUAGGAUUGCUUUUAUGCAAAAUAAAAAAUGUCCAUUAGCCCUUUGCAUGCUGGGAAAUUUGUCGUCUGCUAAAAUGUCGUCUGCUGAAUUUCUAAAAUUAGCAUUUUCUUCGAUUUUUUUCAAAGAAUAUUAUCAGAAUAGCAAACAGUUUGGAUCCUGAUGAGACGCCACGUUCUGUGGCGUCUCAUCUGGAUCCAAACUGUUUGCCAAGGCCUUCAAAAUUCUGUUCCCGCACUGAAAGGGUUAGACAUUAUUGGCAAAUGCCAUAUUUUCAGAACUUACUUCAGUUUUCAUAAGAAACAAAUCAUCAGGUUACAUGGUUUUGCUGCAUAUGCUGUACAUGUAAAUUGAAGUUGGAAAUACUGACUGCUUGUUCCUGUUUUGGACAUUUUCUGCUUUUGACCCCAAUAAGUGUUUAGCAUUAAUUAUUGACCAUUUCAAAAGGGGUUAAUCUAUAUUUCUUCUGCUAGUUUAUCGGUGCUCCAGAUAUUUAUGCCAUACAUGUACCAGUUGCAAUAUGCAGUGCUUUGUAGCCACAACUACACAAAUAUAUGAUACACAGUCAUGUUGUUAUGUCAUAAUGUUAUGAUAACUACAUUUUUAUUGCUUGUUUUUUAUCGUGUACAUGUAUAAAGAAACAUGUUGCGAUUUUUAUGCUGUUUUGUGAAUAUUUAAUGUGAAGGAAUUAAAACAAAUUGGUGAUUUUCAAUUUUAUUAUUAAUUUUAUUGAUAUAUGAUGUUACUGAGUUAUAAUAAAGAUCUCAUCAGAAUGGUAAAUUUUCUAGCUGAACAUUAGGUCUUAUUUCCAAUAGAAUAUUAUUGCUUAUUUUGAAUGUCUUUUAAUUGACCCUUAGUUUUAAGCUGAUAUUCAAACCACAUAAGUUGUACAGGUAUGUGUUGAUAUUGUAAAAUAUACAUCCAAAAUUGGGUAUUUUGCAGUGUAACUAACAUGUGUGUGUUUUUGUUUUAAUUUGCCUAACACUAGUCAUUAAUGAUAUACAUAAUUUAAUGUUUUUAUUAAUUUAUUAAUAACUGUAUCUUAUAUAUUUAUAGUUUAACCCUAGUCUAAUUUGUGUAACUAACAUUUUGUUAUAUUUUUCUUUGUUAAGCAUUAUCUUCAUUUGCCAAUGAUGCGUGUACAUUUGUAAUUAUUUGGAUGAGUGAUCCUUUUUGUUAGCGGUUGUUAGCAAGUUUAUAUUUUACCAAAUGAGCCUGGUUGUGGGAAAAUGGGGAUAAAGGCAUGAGCAUAAAGUUUCGUUCCAGAUUAGUGUGUGUAGUCCGCACUGGCUCAUCAGAACGACACUUUCUACUUAUGUGGUAUUUUUUCGUUUAAAUGAAGUCUUUAUGUAGCAAAAAUAUCCUUAAGACAGAAAUGUGUGGUCCCUCAUUAGCCUGUGUGGAUUGCACAGGCUAAUACUUGACAACGCUGUAUGCACAUGCAUUUACCCCCAUUUUCAAAGAGUAAGGCCCAAAUGCAGCUUUUUCUUUCAGCUAAUUUGAAUAUGAAGUAUUUGACCAGUUUCGUAUUAAUAAGUUUUAUAAUUGUGUUGUUUCAGGGACUUGUUUUUAGAUUUUUGUAUUUUUGAAAAGUGUCGUUAAAUGUUUUUAACGAUAACAUUUUAUUUGCAGUACUCAUAAGUAAAUAAAAAAUGAAAAAAAGAAUUGAAUAAAAAUAUUGCCUGCACUGGAAAUUAGAACCGGGACCUUUGGAAGCAAAAUCUAACUAACUAGGACUAAACCAAACAUAAGACUUGACACAUAUUUAUAACGAUAUGUUAGAAAUUGAGUUAGUACCAAAUUUUUCAAUGAAAGGAUUUUUAAGUGCUGUAUUAUUUUACCAAAUUCAAUUGAUUGUUUUUUAUAAAUAAACUGAUGUUUUAAUAUUAUUCUUUUGUCAGGAAUGUUCAUUUUGCUAGUUGAAUGUAAAGUAAACAUUCUUUUUUGUUUCAAUGACAGUUUAAUGGAAAAUUAUCAUUUCGCAAACUGUGAACAAGUCCCAGUUUUCAGUCAUUUACAUUCCUUUAUGAUAACUAUUUGAUGCAUUCCUGAAUGUACAAUGUUAAAAACCUUAUCAUUCCAUAAAAAAGAGUUUAUUUAAGAACAAAAUUUUUAUUUUUAUUAUGUAUAUUGUUUUGCACAUGUCGGUUCGUCGGUCGGUCCGUCCGUUCACCAGAUGGUUUCCGGAUGAUAACUCAAAAAUGCUUACGCCUAAGAUCAUGAAACUUCAUAGGAACAUCGAUCAUGACUGGCAGAUGACCCCUAUUGAUUUUCAGGUCACUAGGUCAAAGGUCAAGGUCACAGUGACUCGAAACAGUAAAAUGGUUUCCAGAUGAUAACUCAAGAAUGCUUACACCUAGGAUCAUGAAACUUCAUAGGUACAUUGAUCAUGACUGGCAGAUGGCCCCUAUUGAUUUUCAGGUCACUAGGUCAAAGGUCAAGGUCACAGGGACUGGAAAUAGUAAAAUGGUUUCCGGAUGAUAACUCAAGCCUGCUUACGCCUAGGAUGAUGAAACUUCAUAGGUACAUUGAUAAUGCCUGGCAGAUGACUGCUAUUAAUUGUCAGGUCACUAUGUCAAAGGUCAAGGUCACAGUGACUCGAAACAGUAAAAUGGUUUCCUGAUGAUAACUCAAGAAUAAUUAGGCCUAGGAUCAUGAAACUUCAAAGGUACAUUGAUCAUGACUGGCAGAUGACCCAUAUUGAUUUUCAGGUCACUAGUUCAAAGGUCAAGGUCACAGUGACAAAAACGUAUUCACACAAUGGCUGCCACUACAACUGACAGCCCAUAUGGGGGGCAUGCAUGUUUUACAAACAGCCCUUGUUUUUAAAGAGAAUGUAUCUUUUUUAGACUUUGUGUAGACUUCCAACUGAUUUUAAUUUACCCACAGUUACUGUGAACAAUUUUAUCAAAAGUAUGUUCCUCUCAGUUUGAAAUUUUUCCACCCUACUAAGAAUGUGUGUACAAUUUGUGUUCCUGAUAAAUCUGUCUGUAUUCAAACCAGUGUGGUGGGUGCAUCAGGGUAUGUUAUGUAUCAAGGUGGCAGUGAUGUGUUAUGUUAAAUAUAAAAUAAUGCAACAUAAACUCCUGAUGUCUGCCAAAUAUUUUCUUUUCUAAUACAUUUAAACAUGAAAUUAUGUUAUUCAUGUAGUACUAGAUUUCAAGUGUGCAAUAUUUCCCAACUAUAUUUGACUCCUUUAACCCUUUUCCACAUAGAAACGUAUUUUGACCCAUUUCUAGUACCUUAGAAAGUUAUUUAAUUAAAGACCUUUCUUACUAAAUUCAAGUUUAAAGGCUUCAUUUCCAUCCCUUAAAUACUGAUCAGCAGUAAACAGCAUAAAACCUGAACAGACUGCGAGUUACUUGCAGGCUGUUCUGGUUUUAUGCUGUUUGCACAUAUGCAUUUUUACUUUGCUUCUGAGUGGGAAAGGGUUAAGUUUAAUUUUUAAUUUAAAAACUAAAUAUCAUGUCUUUUGAUAUAAAAUAAAAUAAUAAGAUUUUAUUAAAUUAUUAACAAACAGAGUUUUUGUAAAGUCUUUUCAAAUUACGACUGAACAGAUAAAAGAAGCAGUUGGUAUUUUGUAAUAAAUUCAAGAAGAAUAAAAGAUGAUAUUAUGUCAAAAUGUAAUCAUCAUUAUUAGUAAACGCAAAUUCAGCGAUAUUUUAAAGUGGCUCUUUUUGUGUUUGCUCACUGGCUAAAUGUAACUAGUUCUGUUUGUUUUGUGUUUCACUGUGCUAGUAUUCCAAAGUAGAUAAUUAUUUUGGUGCUAUCAGCUUUAUUUUAUGUUAACCCUUUCAGUGCGGGAACCGAAUUUUGAAGGCCUUUGCAAACAGUUUGGAUCCAGAUGAGACGCCACAUAACGUGGCGUCUCAUCAGGAUCCAAACUGUUUGCUAUUCUGAUAGUAUUCUUUGGAAAAAAAUUGAAGAAAAUGCUAAUUUUAGAAAUCUAGCAGACGACAAUUAAGCAGACGACAAAUUUCCCAGCAUGCAAAGGGUUAAUGGAUCUCUUUUCUCUGUUUCUCCCAAUGUUCUGUUUAGUGAAUGAAGAGAUGAACAGCUGCAUACAAAUAAUUGACCAGUUAUCAAAUUAUUUCCAGUAGCUUACAUGACGGCCUCAUGUUGUUCAACUUUUGCGAGUAACAUUGGUAUAAUUCUAUAAUUAGAUGACAAGUCAUUACUGAACUUUACUAUGAAUAGAGCACCAUCAUCUAUAUAACGCGCUGUUGGGUUUUUAAAUCCAUAAUGGACAAACAUGUAGUUCAAUUUUGUAUGCAUCCUAGGGUUCUAAGUAGCGUGAUAUAAUGUAAUAAUGUGGUCUUUUAACAUUAAAAUAAAAAUAAAAUGUGAAUGAUCAUUUUGAAGGUGCUGACUCAGUGCUUUAUUGUUUGAGAUACACUAUAGUGGUUUUCUUCAUUUAAAUGAAACUAUUUGUUCAAUAUUGGAACAAUUCGUCUCUAUGUAGCAAAACAACCAAUUCUUAUUAUGCCCCCCCUUCGAAUGAGCUUUGCUCAUGUCGGUCUGUCGGUCUGUCCGUCCACCAGGUGGUUGUCAGACGAUAACUCAAGAACGCUUGGACCUAGGAUCAUAAAACUUCAUAGGUACAUUGAUCAUGACUCGCAGAUGACCCUUAUUGAUUUUGAGGUCACUAGGUCAAAGGUCAAGGUCACGGUGACCCGAAAUAGUAAAAUGGUUUUUGAAUGAUAACUCAAGAACGCAUACGCCUAGGAUCAUGAAACUUCAUGGGUAGAUUGAUCAUGACUCACAGAUGACCCCUAUUGAUUUUGAGGUCACUAGGUCAAAGGUCAAGGUCGUGGUGACCCGAAAUAGUAAAAUGGUUUCAGGAUGAUAACUCAACAAUGCAUACGCCUAGGAUCAUGAAACUUCAUGGGUAGAUUGAUCAUGACUCGCAGAUGACCCCUAUUGAUUUUGAGGUCACUAGGUCAAAGGUCAAGGUCACGGUUACCCGAAAUAGUAAAAUGGUUUUCGGAUGAUAACUAAAGAAUGCAUAUGCCUAGGAUCAUGAAACUUAACAGGUAGAUUGAUCAUGACUCGCAGAAGACCCCUAUUGAUUUUGAGGUCACAAUGUCAAAGGUCAAGGUCACGGUGACCCGAAAUAGUAAAAUGAUUUUCGGAUGAUAACUCAAGAACGCUUUUGCCUAGGAUCAUGACACUUCAUAGGUACAUUGAGCGUGACUCACAGAUGACCCCUAUUGAUUUUCAGGUCACUAGUUUAUCAGAUUGCAAUAAAAUAGUUAACUGCGUUAUUGUUUCACUGUUGUACACCAAAUUUGAGUUGUACAUUGUGUAUGUUAUCUUAGUCUAAAACGAGGAAAAGUGUGUUCAAGAUUUUAUGAAGUGUGGGUAAGAAGGAUUGAACAUUCCAGCAUGUUUCAAACAAAACAUAUUUUGUGGGACUACUGUUAAAGAUUGUGUUCUCUAUAAAGGUGCGUUCAGUUUAAGAUUGUUAGAGUUUUAAUUGAGUUCUAUCACUGCCUGUUUCAUUUGCACGUCUUUGUCUGUUGGCAGAAUUAUUUUUUGUGUUUUAUGUACUCUUGAUAUAAAAUAAACAAACAAAAAACUAACAA